AUGGAGCAAACUUAUUCACAAAUUCAAACCGAAGCAUCAGCCAAGAAGAAUUUAGGAAAAACAAGCAAAGAAAAACUCGCAAAACACCGCAAAACUGGUAAAAAGCAAAAAUUACCACAAGCAAGUGAAGAUCUUUCUUUUGUAAAACCCCAAGAGACGAUUAAAUUACCGAUAAUUACUAAUAAUAAAGAGUCGGAUUUACUUCUUAAUCAAAGAACAAAUGGAUUUUUUCCAAAAGUUAUUCUGCUUGAAAGUGGACGUUCAAAGUAUGGCUGGGCGCCUAAUUCCUUACUUCUUGGCAAAUAUUAUUCAGGAAUAACUCACUCAGGAGUAGAUGAUAAAAGAAAUGCGAAUGAAGUCAACUGGGCUGACGUUGAAGCAAGAUUAGCUAGGUCGGGUGUUAACGGAUUGGAAAGUACACUAACUUCGAACUCAAGUAUAGGUUGGAUAGUGGAGUCAGACAAAGAAUUAACAAUGUUCAGUAAAGAAAUGAGUGACGGGGAUAUAACCGAUGAGAAUACAGAUAAAAAUUUGCUUGCAAGUAGAUUCCGGGAUAUAAACAACUCAAUGAAUCCUUUAUUUAGUAUAUCGACGUUACAAAAUGAGAUAAGUACUGAAAUCGAACAAAGUCAAAUGUCUAUAACUGAAAAGUCAACACUAUCGUCAAAAAAACGUGAAGCACUAGCCAAAAGUGAUCUUAAGCAAUCUUAUUUGAAGGAAACAGAUUUAUUGUCUAAUUUAAUUGAAAGACAAGCACCUGGUCGUCCAAAAUAUGAACGAGAAAAUACUAUUUUCUUGACAGAAUUCAGAAAUACAGAUUCUCCAGGGGAAAUCGAUAUAUUUGUACUGCCUGAGUUCUUGCAAUGCUUUAGAAAUUCUAGAUGGCUGUCCAUUAUGGGAUUACUAAAUGGUCAGGAACCUGAAGGAUGGUCUGAUUUUAAUGCAGGUUCUAACGUUGACUGCUUUAUUCAUUGGCUGUUUUGGACAAAUAUUAUACCAAAACUAUGCUUACAAGCAACUUCACCAUCUACAGAGGAUGAAGAUCCGUAUCUUUGUCAGACUAUUUCCCAAUUUUGUACAGAUUUUAAAACACUUUACACAGAUCAUCAGUUAUCUGACAAGUACAUUCCCGAAUUACAUCAUUGCCUGACAGGAUGUAUAAUAAAUGAAUUAGGAAAAACAGUAGAAUUCAAAGAAUGGAAAAUGUUGGAAGCAGUGAGCACACUUUUGAUUACACUUGGUUUCCACGACAUUGAUACAGUGGUUAUCUUACUAGUUUUGUAUGUGAAAGUUCUACUAAACACCGAGAAAAAUGAUCCACAGGUUCCUGGAGAAAUUAAAAAUGCUAAUUUAACACACUAUAUUCAUCGUUCAUUACAGUCACUUGGAUUUCAAAUUAAAUAUUGCAAUUAUCUUGAAGGAGAGCUAAGUAAACUAGGAAAUAUCGAAAGAAAUGUGAAAAUCACUCCACCAAAAAAAAGUUAUCCAUCUACAUGA